CCGCCGUUGUUUUUAAACCGAGGCGGGACGCGACGUCACUUCCGUCGGGACUCCGGAGCAGAAACACCGGACGACAUCCAACAUGGUGAGGACCAAGGCCGACGCGGUGCCCGCGGCCUACAGGAAAGCUGUCGCAGCUGCCGCACCCCGGAAGUCUCUGGGCUCCAGCUCGGCCAACGCCGCCGCCGCCGCCUCCUGCAGCAGCCAGACGGCCACUCCAGCAAAGGGUAAAUACGCCGGCGGAAACCCGGUGUGUCCUCGGCCCACGCCGACCUGGCAGAAGGGCAUCGGGGACUUCUUCGGGGGUCCCCCCAGGAAGCCCGAGAAGGAGAACCAGAGGCCCCGGGAGGAGGACGAGGAGCAGGCCGGGGGCAGCGGGGUGACCAGCCGGAAGUCCCGGCAGCUGCCCGCUGAGGAAGAGGAAGAUGAAUGAAGAUGAAGAGUGACUGUUCCCCUCUUGGUGUUUUAUAUAUGUAUAUAUAUGUUCUGCUGAAUUCACUUUGUAUAGUUCAUUAAACUUUUUUUAAAGAAAAAA